AAGAGGCGAGAACGACCCCCGGACCGACCAAAGCCCGUGCGCCGCUGCUCCGGCGUCCAGCACCUACGUCACGCCGCCGUCGCCACCAUGCCCAAGAGAAAGGCUGAAGGGGAUGCUAAAGGAGAUAAAGCCAAGGUGAAGGACGAACCACAGAGAAGAUCCGCGAGGUUGUCUGCUAAACCUGCUCCUCCAAAGCCAGAGCCCAAGCCUAAAAAGGCCCCUGCAAAGAAGGGAGAGACAGUACCCAAAGGGAAAAAGGGAAAAGCUGAUGCUGGCAAGGAGGGGACUAACCCUGCAGAAAACGGAGAUGCCAAAACAGACCAGGCACAGAAAGCUGAAGGUGCUGGAGAUGCCAAGUGAAGUGUGUGCAUUUUUGAUAACUGUGUACUUCUGGUGACUGUAGAGUUUGAAAUACUAUUUUUUAUCAAGUUUUAUAAAAAAGCAGAAUUUUUUUUUUUUUUUUUUUUUUUUUUUUUUUUAA